AUGCACGCAGCCUCAUGCAAUGCCUUCCCACCUUCCCUCCCUCCCACUCCUCCACUCCUCUGCCUGUCUCCCCAUCUGCCUUCCCCCUUUCUCUUCCUCCCCAUCCCCUCUCCCUCCCUCAUGUACCUUCCCCCUUUAUCUGCCUUCCCCGCUUGUCUGCCCUCGUCUCGUCGGGAGAGGCGGGAUCACACUGCUCUUUUGAGGCGUCUCAAAAUUCGUCUCUUUCCCUCUCCACGUUUCCCCUUCCUCCGCCUCCCCCUCCGCCUGCCCUUCCACGUUGCGCCCACCAGCACGGACAGUGGCACGGCCAACUUCGGGCACGUGGCCGUGGGGAGAGGGGGCCUCAGAGUGCCCGAUCAGCAGCAGCAGCAGGACAACUCAUUGCGGCUGGCGGAUCUGAGAAAGGUGGAGCUGUUGGGGCGGGGGGCGAGUGCAGCAGUGUAUCUGGUACAGCAUGCGCGCACGGGGCAGCAGUACGCACUCAAGGACAUGCAGUUGAACAUGGAUGCUGAUGUGCAGAAGCACGUGGGGAACGAACUCAGGAUCAACCACCAGUGCCGCUCGCCCCAUGUCGUCCGCUGCUACCAGGCAUUCGUGGACGACGGGCAUCUCUUUAUAGUCCUCGAACACAUGGACGCCGGAUCCCUCGCAGACGUACUGCAGGCGGUGGGGCGAAUCACGGAGCCGUACCUGGCAGCCAUCUCCCGGCAGGCCUUGCAGGGCCUGCGCGACCUGUACCAGGGCCACCGCAUCAUCCACCGCGACAUCAAGCCCAGCAACAUGCUGCUCAACCAGUCGGGGUGCUUGAAGAUCAGCGACUUUGGCGUCAGCCGCGUGCUCGAGAACAGCUACGAUGUCGGGAACACGUUUGCUGGGACUUACACUUACAUGUCGCCGGAGCGCAUAAUGGGCAGGACCUAUUCGCACAACAGCGACGUGUGGGCGUUCGGGCUGAGCCUGCUGGAGUGUGCCAUAGGCCAGUACCCCUACCGCCCCGCCUCUGGAGGCUCCUUCAACUAUUUCGAUCUGCUCUCGGAGAUUUCCAACUCGCCGGCUCCCAUUGCUCCGCCGGACUAUUUCUCGCCGCAGUUCUGCGAAUUCGUGGCGCUCUGUCUUCAGAAGGACCCCAGCCAGCGGCCGUCAGCGGAGCAGCUUCUU